AUGACAACCCCCCCAAUCCACUCCGUGCUCAUCAUCGGCGCCGGCCCCUGCGGCCUGGCCGUCGCCGCCCGCCUCCGCGAAGAGACCCCCUCCGCCAUGUUCACCGACGACGAGCACCAGCGCUACCACUGGAUCAACAAGCACCGCGGCCGGAUGGCGUUGGUGCAGGCGCACGCGCGGCGGCGGAGGGGGGUGCGGGCGGAGCGGUAUGUGAAUAGUGCUAGGAGCUCGGGCCCGGUGCCGGGGUUGGCUUCUUCUGGGUCAUCUAUCAGCUCAUCCUCUUCCUUGUCGGGGUCAGAGAGUACAUCGGUAUCAGAUGAUGAUGAUGAGGAGGAGGAGGAGGAGGACGGGCUGGAAAGUAUGUCCACCCUCGUGCUAGACGGCUCCGGCCCCCGGUGGAUGGAGAAGUGGAACCGCGCGUUCCGGACGCUGGAGAUCGAGCAGCUGCGCAGUCCCAUGUUCUUCCACGUGGAUCCGCGGGACCGCGACGGGAUGCUGGCGUACACCCAGGAGAAGGACCGGCUUGGGGACUUGUGGGAGAUUUCCGGGUGCGUGGGGAAGGAGUUGAGUAAGCAUCGGAGGAAGAAGUUGAGGGCGGGGAGGGGCAAACCGCCCCAAGAGCCCGAAAUCGACGAACGAGACCGCAAGGACUACUUCUCGCCUUCCACCGGCCUCUUCGCCGACUACUGCGCCAGCAUCGUCGCGCGGUACCGCCUCGACCGGCCGGGGCUAAUCCGCCAGAGCGAAGUCACCGACAUCCGGUACGGAAUUCACCGACAACACAGCGACUCCAAGAUCUUCACGGUGACCGCCGCCGACGGCACGCAGCACCACAGUCGCGCCGUCGUGCUCGCCAUCGGGCCGGGCACCCACAAGAUCCUCCCGUUCCCGCUGACGGGCCCCGAGCAGGCCGGCGCCUGCCACAGCUCGGAGAUCCGCGCGUUCCCCAGCGCCAGCGUCCAGACCAAGAUCCAGCAGCGACAGGCCACGCAUGUGGUCGUGGUGGGGGGCGGGUUGACCGCCGCCCAACUGGCGGAUAUGGCGAUCCGGAGGGGGGUGAGGAAGGUGUGGUUGUUGAUGCGGUCGGAUUUGAAGGUGAAACACUUCGACCUCACCCUCAACUGGAUGGGCAAGUUCAAGAACCUCGAGAAAGCCCGGUUCUGGUCCGCCGACACCGACGACGAGCGGCUGGCGAUGAUCGCCGCCGCCCGCGGCGGCGGCAGCGUCACCCCGCGCUACCAGAAGAUCCUGAAGCAGCACGCCGCACGCAGCAGGCUGGCCGUCCACCCGCGCACGGUGAUCGUCGAUCGCCGCUACGACCCGGCCACCUCCACCUGGACGCUCGCCACCGACCCGCCCAUCCCCGAGCUGGCCGCCACCCCCGUCGACUACGUCUACUUCGCGACGGGGAUGCGCGCGGAUGUCACCCAGAUGCCGCUCCUAGACACCAUGCGCAGGGACUAUCCGGUCGAGACGAGGCAGGGCUUGCCGUGCUUGACGGAGGAUCUGAUGUGGUGCGAUGGGGUGCCGCUGUUUCUGGCGGGCCGGUUGGCGGCGUUGAGGCUGGGGCCCGGGGCGGCGAAUUUGGAGGGCGCCAGGCUGGGGGCGGAGCGGAUUGCGUGGGCGAUGGAGGAUGUUUUGGGGAGAUGUACUGGUGGUGGUGGUAGGGAAGAGGAAGAGGGCGAGGUGGUGGGCAAGGAGAAGGAGUGGUUUUGUGGGUUGGGGAAUCGGUUUGCCGGGUUGGGGGUGGUUGAUGCUUAGGUUGGGCUUCUU